AUGACUCCAAUCGAGACCGACUCCAAGUCCCUCAAUUCCCUGUCGAACAACAGCGGACACUCCCGGAGGAGUUCCGACACGUCGCAGGAGAACGGGGAGGAGGACAACUGGACCCUGUGGGGUCAGAUCGUCAACGAUUGGGAGACCUUCAGCAAGAAGAGGACACCGCAGCUCAAGGAAUUGGUGCGGAAAGGCGUUCCGACUCACUUCAGAGGAAUCGUAUGGCAGCUUCUCUGCGGUGCCCACAAUUCUUCACUCAAGAACAAAUACGUACAAUAUAUCAAAUCGCAUUCCCCCUGCGAGAAAGUCAUAAGGAGGGAUAUAGCUCGUACUUACCCCGAGCACGAAUUCUUCAAGGAGAAGGAUGGGUUCGGUCAAGAGAGCUUGUUUAACGUCAUGAAAGCCUAUUCCCUCCACGACCGUGAAGUGGGCUAUUGCCAGGGCAGUGCCUUCAUUGUAGGACUUCUCCUCAUGCAAGUGUGUUCAUUUUGUUGCAUCUCGAUGUCGAUCAAUCUCUCGAUGAUCGAUGUCGAUGUCGAUCGUCGGACGCCAGAGAAUGCGUUUCUAACCGGUCCUUUCCCCUCAUCGCAGCAAAUGCCCGAAGAAGAUGCCUUCGCCACGUUCGUCAAGCUCAUGCAAGAUUAUCGACUGCGGGAGAUGUUCAAGCCUUCUAUGUCGGAACUGGGCCUGUGCAUGUUCCAACUGGAGUGCAUGGUCCAGGAGCUGAUCCCCGAGCUCCACAUCCACUUCCAGUCCCAAAGCUUUCACACGUCCAUGUACGCGUCCUCGUGGUUCCUGACGCUGUUCACCACGGCGCUGCCCCUCCCGGUCGCCUGUCGCAUCGUCGACGUCUUCCUCCUGGAGGGGAUCGAGGCCGUGUUCCGCGUCGCGGUCGCGAUCCUGCUGGCGAGCAGGGACAAGCUGCUCCAGCUCGACAUGGAGGGCAUGCUCAAGGUCGGGAUCGUUCGAUGGUCGUUGGUGUCGGGACCUGCACGAUUUAUGACCGUUUCCCAUCUUGUGCUGCAGUAUUUCCAGAGGGAAGUACCGGGACAGUUUGGAUCGGAGCCAGAUGCUCUCAUGCACAUGGCAUACAACGUCAAGUACAACAGCAAGAAGAUGAAGAAGCUCGAGAAGGACUACACCGUCAUGAAGACGAAGGAGCAGGAGGAUCUCAUCGAACUUCGGCGUCUGAGAACGGAGAACAGAUUGCUGCGUCAACGAAUCGAGCAGCUGGAGAAGGAAUCGGCGGAUCUAGCGGACCGCCUCAUCCAGGGCCAGGUCAGUCGCGCGGAGGAGCAGGAAUGGAACUUCGAGAUCAAGCGGGAGCUGGCUGCCAUAAAGGCCCGCGACUCGGAGACGCAGCAGAAGCUGGAGGAGGCGAAAGACCGAAUCCGGAAGCUCAGUCAGAUGAUGGAGGAGCCUCCAUCGAUGGAUUCAUCGCAAGAGGUCUCGCUCAAGUCGGAAAUCAUCCAGCAGAAGGAGGAGUUGAUUCAAUGCCUUCAGUCGGAGCUGGUCACCGUGCGCCUCCGCGAGGCCGAGAACGAAGCCACGAUCCGAGACCUCAGGGCGCGGAUACAAGAGCUGGAAGAGGUUGGUGCCGUGGCUUGGUGUUCUUGCUCGGUCGAGGGUGAUAUCCCCGACAAGAAACAGCUGCGGGAGUGGACUCCGGAGCACUCGGUCGCCAAGCUGGAAGAGCAGCUCAUAGCGUUCAAACUUCAGGAAGGGGAGCUGAAGCAUCAGAACCAAGUCCUGCGCCAGAAGCUGUCCGACCUCCGGGCGGAGUUCGAGCGCCACAUCAAGGUACGUCGGGGAGUGGGGGGAGGGGAUUCGUUGCGAUGGGGGAGGCUUCAACGUCUUUUCCUUGGGGGUUCUUCCCUGCAGCAGGAGAAGGAGGAGAAACCCAAGGCGAGUUCGGAGCACAGCACGCCAGCUAAGAAGAUUGGGGCCCUGUUCCGAGAGAACAACCGACCGGAUCCGAGGCUGGAAGAGGAGCUCUUGUCUCUGAAGCUGAAGGAAGCGGAAGCCUCGGCCGACGUCAUGAGUUUGCGCCAGAGGGUCAUGGAACUUGAGGCACAGACGCAAGUCAGUGGGAACCAGGUUCGACGGGCAGAAGAAGAUCUUACCAAGUGUCAGACCCAGUUGGAAGAAUAUGCAGCCAAAGAGAAAAGCCUCACUGCUCUAGUCAAGGAACAUGAGAGGAAAUAUUCAGAUCUUGAGAGCAAAGUGAGUAGCUUCCUUCUCUUCGACCGGGACGGGUGGAUCUUGAUGAAAGAAGAGCUCAUGCUUGCUCGAAUUCGGGAUGCCGAGAAAUCUCAGUGUGUUGCCGAGCUCACCCACAAAAUCUCAUCCUUGGAAGUGAAGAAUCAGGAACUGGUUGUGGAAGGGGAACUAACCCGAAGCGAUGACUCCGAGGAUGUGCGCCAUCUACAGGACAAAAUUGCCGAACUCAAAGCCGAAAUUCUGCGUCUGCAACUGCAAAACAGAAAAUUGAGUCUGUCUGUGAGUCUGCAAAACUUGCAUCUGGCUAGAAGCAUGUCGGCAUCAGAAGACGACAGCGAGGACCUCCGAUUGAAGCCAGAGGAGUCGUGCAACGGAUCGUCCGAGAGCGGAGGAGAAUGAUUUCGGUUGUGAUAAUUUAUUCGUACCGAGCUCCGUCGGAAGCCCGAGGGAAUGCCGACCAUCGAGGUGCUGUGAUGCGUAGGAUCGACCACGCUUAAAUCUCUGUCGAUUGUGUCUGGAACGGAAAGAACACUCAAAGUCGUUACCCUCUGUCCGUCGCCGAGGCUUAUAGGCUUAUGACGCAUCUGGUUCUGUGAGUCUAGUUGUCAAACUCUUUGUUGCUCCCGGUCCCCAAGCAAUCGAGGACUCUUUGUGAUGACUUUCCUCUGCAAGAGAACUCUGCAUGGAAUCUAGAAGCAUAUUGUUUUCCUUUGUCCCUUUCUUUCUUGAAAUUUUUAUUUGUAUCAUCUGGACCAGUCAGUCACAUUCCACGAUGUCAGCCGUUUGGCAUCCACCCGAAUUUGUACGAAGCGAAUGCUUGCUAUGGGUCGAGGACUCAUGCCGUUGCCAGAGCCCAAGAUGCUAGAUGUAUGAUACUUCUGAUGCAUUCGUGUCAUGGUUGGAUCAGGUCAUGUACUAUCUGGUAUCUUCUGCAGUUGACAGCUGGCAUCCCAACGCUCUUCUCGAAGGAGGCAUAUAAUUCCAGUAUGAAGAUUUGUUAUCUUGCAGAGCUGCUGACAAAGAAUGAAAAUGCCAGAAUCUGUUCCAGAAUCAGCCCUUUGAUGUUGUCUGUUAUAGAAGGUGCAAAAUUCAUAUUGUCUCAUUUCAUAAAAUUAGGGAGAUUAAGCCAUCUUUGGCUCUGGUUGACACAUGGACCACCCUACAGCCCAGCCCCACUCUUUCGUACAAAUCCUCGUGAGUCAUGGAUGGGCUGCCUCGACUCGGUUGCCCAGAAUUCAUCAUUCAAUUCAUUUACACCUCUCUACUCCACUUUCAAUAACUUUUCAUGAAGGAAACUGUGAUCAUGUAUGUAAUUUAUCAGAUUUCAAUCAACUGUCAUAGGAAUGAGUGAUGGUUUCAACUGAUUUUCUUUGCCAGAAUCUCAAUACCGUGUCAUUUCAUUUACAACCAGUCGAUUCAUCUGCCCUAUCAUCGAUGUUGGACCCUAUUGAAUGCUCAGUGAGACCUUUUACUCAAUUAAACUCAUAUCUUAAUGAUUUUAUUUCCCUCCAUUUCCCACUGGAGGUGAUAUUUUUUCUUGAAUUUUUUGUGUUUUUUUUUCUAUCACAGUGAGAUUUUUAUAAUAGAGGCAUGGAGUUUUUCAUUGCUGGAUGAUGAAUGCCGACCACUGGUGUCAAGAUCUUGUCUUUCAUUCCAAAGAAAUUAUAUGGUGUGAAUCGAAGAUGGUUUGGAUUAUGAACAGAGGAGAUGUUUAUCUUGUAAAAGAGCUUUAAGAAGUGGAUCAUAGAAAGCUUCUUUGCUUUAUUGGAGCAAUACUUAAAGACUUGUAGAGGACAAUAAACGUAAUUUCUUACCGA